AAGUAAAUGAUGUUGUAACUUGCCAAUCACGGGUUGAUUUUGAGUAGGCGGGGUUAAUAUUGGCCAAUCAAUGUGCCGUAAGUAGAUGUACUGAAAAGCAAACCGGUAGCGAGCAAACACUACUUUGAUCCUAUGCUGUCGGUUGGCGCACGAUUUCGAAAGUACCAGUGCAGAGGGAUGAAGACACUUAUGGUAUUCGAUUUCGACCACACAAUAGUGGACGAAAACUGUGACACCUGGGUGAUUAGAAGCACCCCCGACAAGCGCCUGCCAGAAUCGCUGAAAAAGACUUAUGAGAAGGGGCGAUGGACUGAGUACAUGGGCAGGGUUAUGUCAUACGUAGGUGAUCAAGCCGUCACACCGGAAUCGAUUCGUUCGGUCAUGCAUACCAUACCUUUCACAGAUGGCAUGGUAGAACUUUUUACGUUCAUCUCAGGACACAAGAAUGACAUCGAUUGCAUCAUUAUCUCCGAUGCCAAUACGCUGUUUAUCGACUGGAUCUUAGAUGCAGCUGGGAUUCGACCAGCAUUUGACAAAGUGUUUUCUAACCCGGCCAGUAUCGACAACCGUGGUUACGUAACAGUGCAGUGCUACCAUUCUCACAACUGUGUCAAGUGUCCGAUCAAUAUGUGCAAAAGGAAAAUUCUGGAGGAUUUCAUCGAGGCCCAAGACAAGGCGGGUGUGGAGUAUAAAUGGACAAUUUAUGCCGGUGAUGGAAGCAAUGAUCUCUGUCCGCUUAAGUCUAUGCGUGAAGGAGAUAUUGCAAUGCCACGAAAAGGGUACACUUUGGAGCGUUUGUUGCUGGCCGGAGUUGCAACCAAGGAUGGCACAGCAUUAAAACCGCGCGUUCAAGCGUGGACAAGUGCCACGGAAAUUCUCAGUGAACUCAAAGCGCUCAUCCAAUAGAGCUGCGACACCCUGCCAGUCAAAGUGAUAUAGCCGGAGUACAGAGGAUCUUUGAUAUUGCUCACAUCCGAACAGCACGGAAGCAGUAAACUUCCACGUCCAAAAUAACAGUAAUCAUCUGUUUACUUACAAUUGCAAAGCACCCUAGCCUAUUGAUGCAUUCAUCAGAACAUAUAGCCUAAUCCUUGGUAUCAAAAAUAUUAUUUUCAUUGUUUACUCGUUUGAAGCAUUACGUGUCUAAUGAACAACAAUGUGCUCUCUUCCCUGAGAGUGUGCAAAUCUGUCUAUUUUGCAUGUGGUUGAAUUUACAUUGCUUAUUAUUGUUGAUGGUGGUUAACCUGCCAUUGUCGGGUCCAUACUUGACCAGUGAUCUGUGUUCACUUUUUAAUAAUAUAAAUAAAAAUAAAAAUAAAAAAGUAAUUAUA